AAUUUUCCUCUCCACAUUUCCUCUGCUCCUUCUACACCAUAAAAUGUGCCUCCACACAAACGGUGACUCUCUACCCGCAGAUCGCUCAGAGAUGGUCGAAGUACCUCUCACCAAUGGCACCAACGGCGUCAAGACGAUCGAGAAACGGGGAACAUCUCGUCCAGUCAACGGUCAUUCAGCAAACCGCGUCAACCCUUAUGCUCCAAGAGCGUCUGAUUUCCUAUCUAAUAUCUCCAACUUCAACAUUAUCGAGAGUACCCUUCGAGAAGGAGAGCAGUUCGCCAAUGCUUUCUUCGAUACCAAGACCAAGAUUGCUAUCGCCAAAGCUCUGGACGCUUUCGGCGUCGAGUACAUUGAAUUAACGUCACCUGCUGCCUCGGAGCAGUCGCGUGCCGACUGUGAAGCAAUUUGCAAGCUCGGGUUGAAGGCCAAGGUCCUCACACAUAUUAGAUGUCAUAUGGACGAUGCUCGUAUCGCUGUAGAGACUGGUGUCGAUGGUGUCGAUGUCGUUAUUGGAACGUCCUCUUUCCUACGGGAAUUCUCACAUGGAAAGGAUAUGACCUACAUUACGAAGACUGCUAUUGAAGUUAUCGAGUUCGUCAAGUCCAAGGGCAUCGAAGUCCGUUUCUCUUCAGAAGACUCCUUCCGUUCUGAUCUCGUCGAUCUCUUGUCGAUCUACCAAACAGUCGACAAGAUUGGCGUAAACCGGGUCGGUAUUGCCGAUACUGUUGGCUGCGCCAACCCGAGACAGGUUUACGACUUGGUAAGAACAUUGAGGGGUGUUGUCAACUGUGACAUUGAAACCCACUUCCAUAAUGACACCGGAAUGGCCAUUGCCAACGCUUACACUGCCCUCGAAGCUGGUGCAACUCACAUCGAUACUUCAGUCCUCGGUAUCGGCGAGCGAGUUGGCAUCACCCCCCUCGGAGGUCUCGUUGCCUGCCUGUACGCUGCUAACCCUGAAUACGUCAAGUCCAAGUACAACCUUCCCAUGCUUCGAGAAAUCGAGAACUUGGUAGCCGAGGCUGUUGAAGUCAACGUUCCCUUCAUGAAUCCUAUCACUGGUUACUGUGCAUUUACACACAAGGCCGGUAUCCACGCCAAAGCCAUCCUCAACAAUCCGAGCACCUAUGAAAUUCUCAAGCCCGAAGACUUUGGUCUCACUCGCUACGUCUCUAUCGGCCAUCGCCUGACUGGUUGGAACGCCGUCAAGUCUCGUACCGAGCAGCUCGGCCUUCAACUCACUGACGACGAGGUCAAGGACGCUACUGCCAAGAUUAAGGAACUUGCCGACGUUCGUACCCAAUCCAUGGACGACGUUGAUUCGCUCCUUCGUAUUUACCACUCUGGCAUACAAUCCGGAGAGUUGGCUGUUGGACAAAAGGAGGCUCUUGACCGCCUACUCAAGAAGCACAGAGAGUCGAUAUCUCGUGAUGAGACUCUUGCCGCUGUAGCUGCGUAAAGUCCCUCGCCCUCCUCUCCAACAGUAUUAGAUGAUCUCUGUUCCGCUUUGUAUAUAUGUUGUUCCUGCGGGAUUUAUGGUAUGAGGUGGAGU